CCUGAUGGACCCAAUUAGGAUCCACGAACCAUCUUUUUCUGCUUGUUUUCAAAAAUGUUUCACGCGAGCUUGCGAAAGAUUGCGACUUUAACCCAAAAGAUAUAUAUUUUGUAUACAAUUAUCACUAAUCAACUCUUUGAUAAUUAAUUUCUCUACUUAACUUUGUGUUUAUCACUUUAUUGGCAUUUGAAAGUUCAAACCUUUAAAAAUGGGGAAUGACGCGCACAAGGCAAGUCAUUUCAUUUCACAGACAAUUCCAAUGAAAAAUCCAAUCUUGCCUAUAAAUUGGACAAUCCUAUAAAGAAAGACAGAAACCCACGGAGGCAAAUUACCCGGGUUGUAUUGUUUUGAUCAAUCGGCCUAUAAUUGCUCCGUCCGCCACUACUGCUCUAUAGUUAUUUACAGAGAGUUUCAGAUUGGAAGCCGAGACUUACCGUCGGAUAUUCCGAGCCAUGGAGUCGUCUCCGGCGAGCAAGAUCGAGGCGGCGCACCAGCUCUACCGGGACGGGAAGCACGACGCCGCGCUGGGAUUCUACACCGAAGCGCUCGCCGCCGCCAAGACCAAGCCGCAGAGGAUCGCCCUCCAUAGCAACCGAGCUGCUUGCUACCUCAAGUUGCAUGAUUUCAAGAAGGCAGCUGAAGAGUGUACUUCCGUGCUGGAGCUGGAUUACGACCACACAGGAGCUUUGAUGCUGCGGGCGCAGACGUUGGUGACGCUGAAAGACUAUCACUCGGCGUUGUUCGAUGUCAAUCGGCUGAUGGAGUUGAAUCCAUCUUCCGAAGUUUACCAGAACCUGGAAACUCGAUUGAGGACUCAAUUGUCCCUAGCUCCAAUACCGGAAUCCGAAGCUGAGUUGGAGGAAGAAGAAGAGGAUGAGAAAGAUGAUGACUCAGAAGAGGGACAAGAAGAUGAAGAAGUUGAAGACCAAGAUGUUGGCAUAUUGCAAACCAGUAUGCUUGAACAAGAUCGGACUACUGUCUCUAUGGAAGAAGGCAUUAAGAAGUCUUCUGAUGGAGGCGGAGGAGAUCAGAAAUCUGAAGCAAGAAAAAGCAUCACUGCGGAAGUUAUUGCGCAAGCACAGAGGAAGCCUGAGCCUAGGAGAACCAUUGCAUCUGAAGUUAUUGCACAAGCACAGAGGACAAGUAAAGUAUCAACCGAGCAACAGUCCAAUGGUUGGCAGGCAAUUCCGAAACCAAAGGGACACUCGGCACUGGAUUAUGCACGUUGGGAUAGAGUGGUCGAGGACGACUCAAGCGAUGAGGAUGAUGAUGACGACGAUGAUGAUGAUGAAGAGGAGCCACGACCACAGUACAGAUUCCGUGUCAGAACUGUUGGCGUUCAACCUGUAAAGUGAAACAAACAACAAGACAAUGCACAUCCGUAGGCAAAGAAACACGGACAUGAGAGGUGCAACUGCUGGAUGCUUGCGUUGAGUAAACGUAAGAGGCACCAGUUAUAGUGAAUGGUGAACUUCGACAGCAGAAAAACGAUGGGAUUCUUUCGAGGUGGGGGGACUGCCGAAAUUUUGAUGCUGAAUGAUCCAUAGCUGGGACAAUGAAUGAGAAAGAGUUUGAGUUGGGAUCGUUGAUGCAAAUGAAUUCCAUAUCCUCAC